AUGGUGAUGGUUGAGCAGAAGAAGAUCAGCCUUUCCCUUCUAAUACUCUUCUGCUGUUUGAACCAUAAACUAUGUGCACAAUCCAUUCCAUCAGAAAGCAAAAACAUCAACAUAAAUGGAGAUCAUAUGUUAAUAGGAAUGGGAAUCAUUCUGGAUAUGGAGUCAUGGAUAGGAAAGUCCAUUCACAAGUGCAUUACCAUGGCCAUAUCUGAUUUUUAUGAUCUUAAUCACAGUUACAAAACAAGGAUAGUUGUUCACACUAGGGACUCCAAAGGAGAUCUGGUAAAAUCUAUGUCAGCCGUAGAUGACCUUCUCAAAAACGUGAAGGUGCAAGCCAUCAUAGGCCCAGAAACGCAUCUUCAGUCGAAGCUAUUAUCUGUGUUUGCUAAUAAAGCUAAAGUUCCUAUAUUUUCUUUUGCUGGUUCGUCCUCAAAGGAAUACCCUUACAUGUUCCAAAUCAAAGAAGAAGAAUCCACUAUGGCCAAAAGCAUUGCUGCCCUUGUGGAAUCAUAUAAAUGGAGGAAUGUUAUCUUUGUUCAUGAAGACACUGAUGAUGGGAGCGAGAUCUUACUAUAUUUGGCUGAGUCAUUCCAAGAUAAAAACAUCCAGAUAAGUUAUAGAAGUGCCAUUUCAGCGUCAGCCACUCUUGAUGACAUCACUAAAGAGUUGAAAAAGUUCAUGACUUUUCACACAACUGUAAUUAUUGUACAUAUGUCACCUUCACUAGCAUCCAAACUUUUCCUAAAAGCAAAAAGUUUACAAAUGAUUAGCGAAGAAUAUGGGUGGAUUUUGACUGAAAAGACAGUUGACCUCUUUCGAUCAACAAACUUUGAAGUUAUUGAGUCAUUACAAGGGGCGCUAGGUUUUAGGUCUUAUGUUCCCGCAUCCAGCAGACUGUAUAACUUAACAUUAAGAUGGCAUAAUUUCUUUUACAGGAAGUUCCCUACCUUGGUAACAAAAGAAGUUCCUGUUUCUGCCAUAUGGGCAUAUGACACCAUUUGGGCACUUGCCUUGGCUGUUGAGAAAGUUGGAGUCCCACAUAAUGGACUUUUGCUCUUACAUGAGGUUUUGGAAACAAGAUUUAAGGGUAUAAGUGGUGAGUUUGAUCUUAGUGAAGGAAAAGUAAGAUCCAAUGGAUAUGAGAUUAUGAAUGCUAUCGAUUAUGGUGAGAAGAGAGUAGGAUAUUGGACACAUUCACAAGGAAUCAGGAGCAACAUUCAUCUCUAUUCUAGUUUAAGUACCGAAGCUACAACUGCUCCAAAAGGUUUUGAUGUUGAGAAAAAUGUUACAACUGCUGUUGGGUUCUCCGUAGAUGUAUUCAAGACUUGCAUUGAUUUGUUACCAUAUGAAGUGCCCUACGUAUUCAUUUCAUUUGAGAAUGCCACUUAUGAUGAUCUCGUACAGAAGGUCUAUGCUGAGGAAAUUGAUGCAGUUGUUGGUGAUUCAACAAUCUUGGCCAACCGAUCUGAGUAUGUUGACUUUACAGCGACUUACACGGAUUUGGGUGUAGGAACAUUAGUAAGAAUCAAGAAAAAAGACUUGUGGUUUUUCUUGAAGCCUCUGGAUAUUGGUCUAUGGCUAGCUGCUAUGGCUUCGCUUAUUUUAACUGGCUUUGUUGUUUGGGCUAUUGAAUGUAUGAAUCAAGAAACCCAAUGUUCACCGGCUCAUCGACUUGGAACAAUCUUCUGGCACAUCCUGUUGACCAUCUUUUUUGCUCAAAGAGAGAAGUUGUCAAGCAAUCUGUCAAGAUUUGUAAUGUUUAUCUGGUUACUCAUUGUGCUUAUCUUGAUCACGAGCUACACAGCAACGUUGACAUCACUGUUGACAGUAGAGCAAUUUGAAUUAGCAUCAAAGGGCGGAAUUGUGGGUUUUCAUGGAGGCUCUUUUAUGGGAGGAGUGACAGUCAGGAACGUGCACUUUGAAGGUCAUCAGAAGAGGGCAUACUACUCAUACGAGGAUUAUGCUCAUGCUUUAUCAAAAGAUGGUGAUGCUGAUGCCAUUGUUGAUGAAAUUCCAUACAUCAAGAUGUUUCUUAGCAAGUACCCGGGUGACUAUGCCUUGGUCUCUUCUGAACCAAUCACUUCAGGUUUUGCCUUUAUCUUCCAAAAAGGUUCACCGUUGGUUGAAGACGUGUCAAGAGUAAUUGCCAAAAUAAGAUUAGAUAAAACUCUAGAAAGUGUGGAAAACAGAUGGUUUGAAAACCGAUUAUCUGUUCUGCCCCGAAAUUCUACAAUGCCCCAGGCCUUGAAGCUUGAUAGAUUUGGUGGUCUUUUUAUUAUUAGUGGGAUCACUUGUACUUUAGCCCUUAUGAUGUCUGUACUUCACCUACUUCAUGGGAAAAUGGAGGUCUACAGUAUCAUUUCAUUUCUAGUUGGUCGUAAUUUGAUGGCCACUAUAAGGUAUCUUUUGUAUAGAAAUGUUGUGCAGACAUGA